CAAGCUGAACCAACAAAGGAAAAGUUCAUCUCAGGAUUUUACUGUCAGAUCGAGAUCUUGUCGAUCGGUAAGAACUCAGCAUUCCCAUUGAUUGUCGUCAAUCCUGACAUCAACCCUGACUUACAUGUUGCCAGAAGUUCCAAUACAUGCUGCAAGAUGUUCGUAGACCACAUUACGCUUCAAGAUCUGAUCAAGUUCCAAGAGAUCUCAUGCAAAGUCAUUGAUGGAUACUAUUAUGAUGGAAAAAGGGACAUGACAAUAAGGAAUGAAGUUAAGAAGCUCUUCGAAUUACGUGCUAAGUAUAAGAAGGAAGGUAAUCCGAUACAAGAGAUCAUCAAACUUCUUUUGAACAGUAUCUAUGGUAAGACGAUAUUAAAGCCCAUUGACAAAAAGAUUCGUUUCAUCAAGGACAAUAAGCUCACUGACUAUAUCAUUAAGAACUAUAAUGACAUACAGACAAUAGAGUUCAUCCCCGAUUCCGAACUUUCAUGUGUAAAGUCAUUUAAACCUAUCGUUCGUCACUUUAACUAUUGUCCAUUAGGUGUUUCAAUCCUUUCUAUGUCCAAACGAAUCAUGAAUGAAGUAUUCUUCACAGCAGAAGAUUUGGGCUUGAAGUUGUUCUAUCAGGAUACAGAUAGUUUACACUUGUAUGAGAAGGACUUAGAUAAGUUAGCAGAAGAAUACAAGAGAAGGUAUAACAGAGAACUCAUUGGAAAAGCACUGGGUCAAUUUCAUUCAGACUUUGCAGAGAUUACUGCAGGACAUAUGUCUAAGGCACAAAGAUCUAUAUUCGUUGGAAAGAAGACUUACCUCGACGAAUUAACCAAUGACCUCAAGGAAAUUGCUUUCCACUGUCGAAUGAAGGGAAUCACACAGGACGUAAUUGCACUUACUGCAAACCAAAUGUUCCCAGAUGCGAUACAAGUACAUUAUGACGAGAAGAAAGGUUUGUUCUUCCCUGAGAAAGUUGGGGAAAAAUAUAGCAUCGUGGAAUUGUACAAAUCUCUUUAUGAAGGUGAUGAGAUAACCUUUGACUUGUGCAUUGGUUCGAAACCAUGCUUCAACAAAAAUAAGGACUUCACUAUUUCAACGAAGUCAUCUUUUGAACGUAAGUUAAAGUUCUAA